ACUCCCUACUCCUCCUCCCAUCGACGUCGAAGCCUCCAGCAGCCAUGAACUCGGGGUCGAUCUCGCCAAGCAUCCUGGAGAAGGCAGGGUUCGCUCGCUCCCUCGUGUUUCUAGGUCAGAAGAGGUCACCGUCUUAUGUAACGGAGACCACGAAACUGCCCUCAGAUUUGGCCGACGGAGAGGUUUUGGUUCGCGUAGAGUUGGCCACAAUCUGCGGCUCGGAUCUGCACACGCUCAAGGGGCUGCGGAAGCCGCCCUACCCAUGCGUCCUGGGUCACGAGGGCUGCGGCGAGGUGGUGGCGUCGCAGAGGGAGGAGGUGAAGGUGGGCGAGAGAGUGACGUGGGGCGUGUGUGCAUCUUGCAACAGCUGCUUUCUCUGCUCGCUCGGCCUGCAGAAUAAGUGCGUCUCUUUGUUAAAGUGUGGGCAAACCCUCAUCUCCUCCGCCACCCUCUUUGGCACCUACACCACCCACGUCCUCUGUCGGCCAGGCACGCCCAUCGUCUCCCUCCCGCCCGUCCUCACGCCCAAACUAGCCGCCCCUAUUAACUGCGCCUUGGCCACGAUGGUCCACGCCCUCAGUAAGGUGCCGCCCACGCCCAAGGCAGGCCAACUCGGUGCCCAGGUGGCGAUGAUUCAGGGUGCAGGUAUGCUUGGUAUGUAUGGUGCAGCGUUACUAAAGGAAGCAGGUUAUACUAAGGUCUUCUGCGUAGACAUAAACCGGUCAAGACUCAGCCGAGUUGUAGAAUUCGGGGGUAUUCCUGUCCAUCCCGAACACGAGGACGAACUAGUGGAAAGUGACAGCGUUGAUGUCGUCGUGGAAGUGUGCGGACACAAAAAUGUCAUACCUCAGGCAAUAAGGGCACUACGGACAGGAGGAACGUACGUGUUAGUGGGCCUCGUGCAUCCUGACUCCAAUAUGGACAUCACAGCUUAUUCCAUUAUCCAAAAGUGUCUCACGAUUGUUGGCGUGCACAACUACACAGGUCACCAUCUCAAAGACGCUGUGGGCUUCCUGACCCGCAACCAUGACCGCUACCCGUUCAGUGCACUCAUCGGGCCUACGUACCCACUGUCUGAAUUCCGGAGCGCAGUUGAUGUCGCUAACUCGGGCCAGUUCUUCCGUGUUGCCAUAAACCCGCAUCAGUAAACCCUACAGACCGUACAAGUGUUCGAGAGGUGUUUCGAGAUCCCUUUUGCGUGGUAACGAUGGCUCUCAGCUGUUCGGAGCAGGGAGAAUGAAUUUAGUUGAGGAAAAAAAAUGGAUUUAUCUUUUUUUCGGCAAAAAAUGGUGUUGAUGUCAUUCUGAGGUUUAAACAGAGAACAGCAAAUAUAGAAAGUCAAGUUUUGGAUACUUUGAUUUUUGUUAUCUUUGUUGUUGUUGUUGUUAUUGUUGUUGUAUAACUGAAUAUUUACCAAUAUGUUGUACUCAUUCUUGUAGAUAUGCGAAUCAUGGAGAGGACUCUGAGUAGAAUGGGGAAUUUAGAAUAUAUAAAGAAUAUAUAAAAGGAGAUGAAAUAAGUGACAAUUAUCAAAUAUUACACAGUCACAAGUUCACCUAUGCACACACACACACACACACACACACACACACACACACACACACACACACACACACACACACACACACACACACACACACACACACACACACACACACACACACACACACACACACACACACACACACACACACACACACACACACGCACACACGAGAGAAACACAUAUGAAGAGAGAAACACCUUGUUUGUACAUAUGUGCUUGUGUAAAAAUAUACAUUGUAAAAUGAGUACUUAUUUGUGUGUCACAUUACAGUAAGGUCAACAGGUUAUAAAACUUUACACUAUUUUUCGUCCCACAACAGCUGUGCAUUAAAUGUUCAUGAUGUUAAUUAUUUCACUGUAUAAGUUUUAAAAAUGAAAUAUGAUAACAUUUGACACAUUGCUGUUAUUUAUCACUGGAAAUGAAUGUAUUUUAUUUGGCAUUUUGUUAAUUUAGAAUUUAAAAGUUUGCUCUGUUUAUUAUUAUCAAAUUGGAUGCUAUUGCACUUCUGGAAUUUUUCAAAGAUAAUAAAUGUCAUGUGAUA